GAGAGAGCGAGAGAGAGAGUGUGAGAGAGGGAAAAAGGGAGGGAGAGAGUGUGUGAAUGUGUGUGUGUGUAUCCAGGGGAGAGAGAGAGAGAGUCUGUGAGGGAGGGAAUGUAUGAGAGACAGAGAGAGAGUGUAUGUGUGUGAGAGAGAGUUAGAGGGAGAGAGGGAGUGUGUGUGAGAGGGGAAAGGGAGGCAGAGAGGAAGAGUGUGUAUGUAUGUUUCUAGGAAAGUGAGGGGGGGGCUGAAGUGGGAGUGUGUUUGUAUUAGAGUGAGAGAGGAGAGCUGAAGAGAGUGUCUGUGAGAGAGGGAAUAUAUGAGACAGAGAGGGAAAGAGGAAAGCUGAAGAAAGAGAGAGUGUGUGUCUGUGUGAGACAGGGUUAGAGAGGGAGAAAGAGAGAGGAUAGCUGAAGAGAGAGAACAUCUGUGUGUGAUAGAGGAGAGAGAGGGAGAGAUUGUGUGUUUGUGUGUGUUUCUAGAAGAAAACACGUGAGAGGAGAGCGAGAAAGAGUGAGAGGGGAGAGAGAAAAAGAAAGAAAUAAUCCGUGUAAGAGAAGAGAGAAAUAUUGUGUGUGUGUGUGUGAGAGAGAGAGAAGGAGAGAAAGAGGAGAGUGAGAGUGUGUGUGUGUGUGUGUGUGAGAGAGAGAGAGAGAGAAAGAGGAGAGAGAGAGAGAAGAGCUGAAGGCUGGGCGAUGGGCAGCUGAACUGACCGGAUAUGCGCUAAAGUAGUCUCAGAGCUCCCUGUGUCUGUCAUGCAGCUGGAUGAGACAGAAAAUGUGUUUGCUGACCUGAGUGAUGCGAUCCCAGAGACCGAGCUGCUGGAUAGCAGUGUGCAGAAGUGCCGUGUCCAGGUGAGGAGGAGCCGAAACCGGCCGUCCCGCUCACGCCUCAGAGACAGCAUCAGCUCCACUGAGGGGGACGAUGGCCUGGACAGGAGGUCUUUAGACAGUCCCCUGCACUCUGUUCCUCAGCCGGGUAUCCACGUCUCCUCUCUCUCUCCGGAGCUCCUCCUCUCCUCCCCUUUUCAUCCGUCUCCUUUCUCCUUCGACUCGCCGCUGCGCCGCUCUCCUGACGAGCCCAACUCCAGCUCUCCGGCUCCUAAAGGCCGAUACAGACAGCUCACCAAUGCCACCUCCCACGAGGCAUUAGUGCCACGCCCCGCCAGCUCACCCUGUAGAUCCUGUCCAGAAACCUCACCUGUCUACUUCCGCAGGACUCGACGCCCUGAAAGUGAAGUGCUGGUAACAGAUGACUGUGAAGACAGCAGUCCAGCUGAGCCCGGGAGCCCUUCUGUGGUUCUGGAUAAAAAGACUAAGAGGAGAUUCCUGGAUCUAGGGGUGACGCUGCGUCGUUCCUAUGUCAGAGUGAGGAGAGAUAAAUCUAACAGACUGUCUAUGGGCAAUCGAGAGCCGAGUGAGAACCCAUCCCGUCCCUUUGUGCCUUUCCACUGGUUCUCCGACAGCCAUCGCAGCUCUGCCUCCACGUCACCCAAGACUGCAGCUCGCUCUGGCAGCCCCAGCAAGUCAGACUCACAGGAAUCGACAUUCAGUGAUGACUUCUCUCCUAAAAGCCCCCUGCCUACUGCUAGCUCUCCUUCUGACUCACGGUCGUCACACCCCUACCACACGCUGUCUCAGUCUUCAGACGAGCCAUUAGAUGAACAGCAGUGCCUUGUGUCCUCGUGGAGCACGCAGCAGGUGUGUGACUGGCUGAGGAGUUUAAACAUGGAGCAGUACGCCCCCGAGUUCAGAAAUAAAGACAUAGAUGGAGAACUGCUGCUGCAGCUGGAUGGAAACAAGCUGAAGAGUCUGGGUGUGUUGAGCUCUUCGGACCGCAGUGUACUGAAGCGCAGGAUCAAAGACAUCAACAGUGCAGCAGAAAAGGAGCGCAAGGCUCUGGACAAACUGGAGAAACAGAGAGAGAAGCAGAGGAAGAAAGACCAAGAACAGAGGAAGAAUUAACUGACCACUACAAGAUGAAAUAUUCAUAACUUUAACAACAGUUAAAGAAAAGGUUUGGUUAAAAAUCAGGUUUAUACAGUUUUCCCCCUCACCCAAAAAGUAGUAGAUCCAUCAAGACACGUUUGGUGUGGUUAAAUUGGAAAAUCAGGAAAUGGACACAUUGCAGGCUGCUAUUGUUUUUAGCCAUGCUAACAUAUUUUAGCCAUGCUAACAUAUUUUAGCCAUGCUAACAUAUUUUGCCAGUGAAAACAGAAAGUAUGCCCUUGCCGAUCUAAGCAUGAUUUUAUUGGAUCAGGUAUCAGAUAUUUAAAGUCAAUUCAGUUCUAACCUUUUGUUUUUCCUUGGAUUCAAAAAUGUUUAAAGUGAAGUAUCAGGACCUUUUUCCCAAAACCAAGCACUUUACUAUAUACUAUAAAUCAGUUUUCCACAGCAGUUUAGAGUGUGUACAAACUAAAUACACUGAUCUUACAUGAAAUCCAGCAUUACAUUGUAGUGUUUACAAUUUUCAAAGUUAUCUUCAAAGAGGUUAGUCUGUACUGUACUGUAUUACACAGUUUUAAACAUGCUAUGAAAUGGUCUUUCUUAAAUGCCAAACGAACUAUACAUAAUGUUUGUUACACAUUAACAUUUACAACAGGAAGUACGUGAGUCAGAGUGAGCACAUUACAUUUUUUCAGUGGUUGCUCACUUUGUCUUUGUUGUGUCAUACUUCCCAUAUUCUGGCCCUGCACAUGUCCACACUGAUAUCAUACAUGUUAAUAAUUGGCCAAAUGCAUGCAAAGUUUGUAAUUUUGUAAAAAAAAUAAAAAAGAUUAGGAUUUUUGUGUGAGAAAAAAUAUGUCGAUUUUAUAUACAUAUUUUCAAAACUUCCUAUCACUAAGUAAUAAAAUAAAAACUGUCAGUGUUUUCAGAAAUACUGAUAUCUGAGAUCUCAAAAAUCUCCUUCCCUGAGAGCAAUUUCAAAAUUCCUCAGUUUCCAGCACAACCAAAUAAACAAAAACAAAAUAUUAUGAUUAUAUGGAUGGGAGACCAAAUGCAGGAAAGAAACUAUGGCUAAAAUCUGGCAACAAAAUCUGACAUCAAACAUGCCUUGGGUGAUCGACUACAUUUGAAACAAAAGGGAAGAAAAGUGUACAAGUUUGAUUUACAGUCGUCACCAAAAAAUAGUUGCACCUAGAAAGAAGUGUUAAAUUUCAAUGCAAUUCAGAAGAAAAAUAAGGGUUUCUAUGAAUAAUAAAUAUUUAAACAUAUAGACUGAUAUGGGCACCUCUUGGUCAUAUGUAUUAAACUAUACCUUCAUAAGCGGUGUGUAUUAAAUGUGUUAAAGGUGAAAUGGACUUGGGGUGUAUUAAAACCUGUAUUAAAAAUGUACUUACCUUUGUUACAUAUUUUAGCAAUGUUAACAUAUUUUGCCAGUAAAUACAGAAAGUAUGCCCUUGCCAAUCUAAGCAUGAUUUAUUGGAUCAGGAAUCAGAUAUUUAAAUCAAUUUAAUUCUAUCCUUUUGUUUUACCUUGGAUUAAAACAUGUUUAAAGUGAAGUAUCAGGACUUUGUGUUAAAGGUGAUCUCCGGUGUGAAAUGGACUUGGGGUGUAUUAAAACCUUAUAAAAAAAUUACUUACCUUUGUUAAUAGCUCCCUCCGCCCUCCCACAGCUUUCUAAAUUCCAGUAUUUUGGCUUUUACAAUGGCUUUUACAAUGGAUGAUACGUAGCAUGCCUUGCGCCUGAAGAUAAAUCGCUUUUUAAUUGUUAUUCAGGUUCCAAUUAACUCCACACUUCAAUGGUAGAAUCUGGAGAGCCCUGACAUUUAAAACGAGGCAUUUAGAACUUAAAAAAUAAAAGAAGUUUAUUAAAAGCCACUGUUUACAUCCCAUAGUUUAGAAAAAUCUUUGGGUGCUGCCAUCUUAAAUUUAAGUCACAAUAAGUCAAGCGUCAAACAUAAACAAAUAGGUAGGAUAGUUUAGCAGAUUGCAAAACUAAUUCCUUGGAAAUGCAUGACUUCCAGCUGUUACUGAAAUGAUCUGGUUUCUGUCGAUAUUAGAAUGCAAAUAGCCAACAACAAAUUACAUAAACAUUGCUCAGAAAGUUUUACUUAUUUUAACUUAUUGUGACUUAAAUUUAAGAUGGUGGCACCCAGAGAUUUACCUACACUAUGGGAACAGUGGCUUUUAAUAAACUUCUUGUGCAGUUUUAAAUGUCAGGGCUCUCUCGGGAUCUUCCAAUGAAGUGUGGAGCUACUUUGAGCCUGAAUAACAGUGGAAAAAGCAAUUUAUCUUCAGGCGCAAGGCAUGCCCCGUAUCAUCCAUUGUAAAAGCCUGUUUGGGCAAAGUGCACAAAAUACUGGAUCUCAGAAAGCUGCGGGAGAGCGGAGGUGGGCUAUUCAUAUUUCUGCAGAUUUAGCAGUAGGUGUGGAGUGUUGAUAGCGAGUCAAAUAGCAUCUCUCAUAUUUUCAGUUGGGGAAUAGGUCUGGUGAUGUGGCUGGCCAUGCCAUAGCAUCUCUGUCCUCAAGGCAAGUUCUUGAGAUGACAGCAGUAUUUGGACAAGCAUUGUCCUGUUAAAAUAGUGCACCGGAGUGUAUGUUCAGAAAAGGUUGGGCCACUGGGUGCAUGACCUUAAUAACUUAAAGUGGGCUUUCAGUGUGCCUGUAAUGAAGACAAAAGGUGAUCUGGCGUCGAAUGAAAUUGAAUCCAACACCAUGACUCCAGGCCUCCUGGACAUAUUGUCAGGCAAAUGGUUUCAAUUUUGCCAGAACACCUUUUGUCUUCAUUACAGGCACUUUGACAGCCUAACGUAUUGUCAACGAGGUCCUGCACUCAGUGGUAAUUCCUUUAUGGAACCCAUGGUGUGCUAUUUCAUCAGGACAAUGCUUGUCCACAUACUGCUGCCAUCUCGAGAGUUUACCUUGAAGACACAGAUGCUAUGCUAUGGUCAGCCACAUUGACAGAUCUAUCCCCUGAAUAAAAAUAUAUUGGAAGCUAUUUGAUGCACUAUCAACACUCCACCCCUACUAAAAAAUCUGAAGUGAUAUUCAGGCUGCAUGGGAUGGAUUAUUGCAGGACACCAUGAGGAACCUCUACAACUCGAUGCUGGGACUGAUUCCACUAUUUCCGUAUGUGUAUCAAUAUUUCUCAAUAUCGGUAAAUAUGAACAAGUUUCCCAUAUGAGUCUACGUUAUUUAUAACUGGUUGUUUCCGGUUAUCUUUAUCUUCUUCCCAAAUAGCAUUGCAAUCUGACACUUCCUUCUUUGUGCAACAAUUUCUUUGAUGAUGAGUGUAUUGCCAAUCUGUUUCUGUAAUGGUAAUAAUGUGAUUCUUCUUUGUCAUGUUGUUCACUUCUUAUUGCGUAUAUUUAUACUACUCUGUGUUAUGUAACUGUAUAUUACACUUACCCGUCCUUGCAAUGUCAGAAACAGCUUAGCAGAGUUGUAGCGUGUUGUAACACAGUAAGGCCUUCACACACUCGUGCAGUAGAGCUCAGUUAGAUGUGUGUGUCUCGUCUCGCUGUGACGGUAGCUUCGCUUCAGCACCCGAGAGCUUAUUUUCAGGAGGAGAGAAACAAGCGAAAGAUGAGAAUAACUUCAGUGAUAAAGGAGUAGUUUGUCAUAAAAUCAAAUUUACAGAAUUUCCUAUCCUGAAUGCAGUCUGUCAACACAGACCUGUUUGGUAUCAAAACUUAUGCAACAAUCUUUUAAUCAUUUUAUACAGUGACUUACCACGCACACAACGUGCGAUACAGAUUACAUUAUUGGAGUGCAAUGGACUACUAAAAAACAAUGUAUCAAAAUAUAUCAUUUAUUUAAUGGUCCGUAUAUAAUCUGUAUACAGAAAGUAAGCUGCAAAAAACGCUUGUUUUAGUUGAUCAUGAUUGUGAGGUCACACCAAAGAACAAAGAUUCAUAAGUCAGUUUAGCUCCACUCCUUCAACCCACACCUACUGCAGUGUAGGUCAGCCCAUGGCGCCAUACAGGUUAGCCAAUCAGAGCAGUGCUUAUUAACAUAUCUUACUCCUAUCAUUUUAACUGGUAGAGAAAAGGUUCAGAGUUAUGUGCACCCAAUUAUUUAAGAGCGACCAUUGUGCUGUUGAAAUCUCCAAAGUCUUCACAUUCACUUCAAAGGCCUUGACUUUACGUUAUCUUUAUUUAUUUAUUUAUUUUAUUUAUUUAUUACAUUUUGUCUUUAAUAUUUUUUUUUAAUAGACUUCACUUGCCAGACCGUACAGUAUGUAUAUGUAAAUUUUGUUUCUUAGAUUUUCUGAGAACCAAUUUAUUUAUUUAUCUCUACGCAUUCAGAUGAUUACAGUUUAGACUAGGGCUGCACAAUAUUGAAAAAAAAAACAGUGGGAUAUUUUGUUGUUCUGUGAUAUAUGUUAUAAAUUGCAAUAUUUAAAGAAAACAGGAAUUUUAACACAUUUCACAAGAAGUCAAUGAUUCCAACACAUCAUGUUAUUAAUAAUCCAAUCUGUGCAUCAAUUUUUAGAGUAAAAUAAAUUAUAUUAGGUAAAUACUAUCGAUUAUCCGAUUAUCUUUAUGUAAAAUGAGAACAGUGUGAAUUUUUCUUUGUAUUAAAAAUCAGAACAUAUAACAGAACAUAAAAAAAUAUAUAUAUAUAGACAUUGCACAGAACACUGCACUUUCUGCAAUGUGAAUAUAGCACACAUGUACAGUGCAAUAUCGAUGCCAAAACAAUAUAUUGUGCAGCCCAAAUAAGGCCCACACAUUUAUCUUCUUAAAUGAGACACAGUACAAUAAAAAUUGAUCAGAACUUUUUAGUUUAUUCACAUAACAGAAAGAGACCUGUUAAACAUGGUUUUGUAAAAAUGAAAUACUGUUUAAGUUCAUAAACACACAAAUAUUACAAUUGAUGAGCAAGUAAAAAAAGAAAAGAAAAAGAUACAAUUAGAAUGUAAAUUAAAAUCACACAAUUAAAAAAAUCUUACUGGAGGCAAAUAACAGAGCAGAUUAAUGCAUUGUUUUGCACCCUACACAAUUUAAAAAAGUACAAAUUCACUGCAUACAAAUCUUUGAUUACUUUCCAACCUUCAAUCAAACAUUGAGGAUGUUUAAGUGAAGGUAGUUUUUUAAUUAAUCACGUUUACCACGUUUGUGCUUAUAAACAACAUGUGACAUUAUUCCUGUAUAAACAUGUGACAACAGCCUGAAUAAAACUCCAGGCCAACUGAUGAGCAGCCACCUAUCAGCCUCACACAAAGGCCAAAAUACAAAAUACUACAUUCACUUCCUCAAUGUUCUUAUGUGCAAUUACACUAUGAAAACACAGUUAACAUUAAUUUCUGCUCUGACAAAUAAAAGAAUGCACACAGUUCUGAGUUUUGGUUUCAUGAUCCAGUUCUACAUGUUGCUCAUCACGUACAGCUUGUAAACAGUGAACAUUCGCUUGUGACCUCUUAAUGCAUACAAGUGGUCUCCAAACCUUUUGCUGCUGAAUGAAUGACAGUGAAUAAAUGAAUAAAUAAAUAUAAAAUAAAUAAACAGACAAAUAAAUAAA